AUGUUGCCCAAAUCUAUCUUCAUCGCUGCCCUUGCGGCUUCGCAUGCUGUUGCCCAGCGCGCUUGCGGUGCUCCUGAGCCCACGGAGGAACAGAUUGCUAUUGCCAAGGCUCUAUACCAGAUCGAAAAGGAUGCCCGUCUUGCAGGCAACGCGACCUCGGCUUUGGCUACUGUCGAGGUCAAUACUUACUUCCACGUUCUGGCCAGUUCGACCUCUACCUCUGGAGGCUACCUCAGUGCCAGUUCGAUCAGCUCCCAACUGGAUGCUAUGAACACGGCAUACGCACCACAUGGAAUUUCCUUCGUCAAUGCUGGAACCGACUGGACUGUGAACUCUAAUUGGGCCAGCGACGGCUCCGAGACAACUAUGAAGAGAUCUCUCCGUAAAGGAACAUAUGCGGACUUAAAUCUGUACUUUGUCAAUUCGAUGGAUUAUCUGGGCUAUUGCUACUUCCCAACCAGCACUAGCGGCUCUGAUAGCAACUUCUACCUCGACGGUUGCACCAUUCUGUCCUCCACUGUUCCUGGAGGCUCUGAGACAAACUACAACCUCGGGCUUACUGCUGUCCACGAAAUUGGCCACUGGUUCGGCCUGUACCAUACGUUCCAGGGCGGUUGCUCUGGCUCUGGCGACAGCGUGGAUGACACGCCGGCUGAGGCCAGUGCUGCUUCUGGCUGCCCAGAGGGUCGGGAUACCUGCACUGCGGCUGGCGUAGACCCCAUCCACAACUACAUGGACUAUACUUACGACACAUGCUACGAAGAGUUUACCACCGGCCAGGAAGACCGCAUGUACUCCUUCUGGGACCAGUACCGCGCGUCAUUCGCGUGA